AUAUUAUCUAUGAUGAUGGAUCGUGUAAUUUGUAGUUUCGUGUUUGGUCAUUGAUGUUUCAAAUUUCAAUAAUUACAUUUAUUCUAUUAACUAUAUAGUAAUUGACUGCACUCCGCAGGAAAUUAAGAUUAAUGCUUAGUAAAAACUUUAUAUAGAAAAACAAGAGGAAAUAAUGGUGACAUUUAGCUGUGUUUACUGCAAAACGGUACGUCACAUCCAUAUUAUCUAAAAUUUAUUAAUGAUGAUAGAGAAGAUUAAUAGAAGCAACGAAGAAAAUAAUGAUUACUACAAAACCCUAUAUAUUUGCAUCACGAAUUUUAAGUUUUCAGGGCCAUUACAGAAAUAGACUAAGAGAUUUGGAUAGUCAUUGUCAAUGUCUUUUAGUUUGGCAAAAGAAAAGACCAUUCUUUACGUUUCCGAAACAAAAACGAUCACGCGAAUAUUGUGGGAGACAACUAGUAGGAUUCUCAAUGGAUCAAAUGUUUGAAGUAGUGUCAGAUGUAGAAAAUUAUUACAAAUUUGUACCCUGGUGUAAAAAGUCAUUAGUAUUGACAAAAUCUCCAACUAAGCUCAAAGCUGACCUUAUUGUGGGAUUUCCUCCUAUUAAUGAGAGUUAUACAUCUAAUGUAACUCUAUUAAAACCACACUUAGUUAAAGCUGAAUGUACAGAUGGUAGAAUGUUUAACCAUCUUUUAACAUUAUGGCGCUUUAGCCCUGGGUUGAAAAAAGAACAGAAGUCAUGUGUUGUUGAUUUUCAAAUAUCUUUUGAAUUUCGCUCAGCCUUUCAUUCUCAUUUGUCUAAUUUAUUUUUUGACCAAGUUGCUAGACAAAUGGAGGGUGCAUUCAUAAAAGAAGUUGAAAGAAGAUAUGGACAACCAACAAUGGAGCCAAAAAAUUUACUUCUAAAUAACCAAGCAUUAAAAAGUUGACACAACUGAUAAUAUUUCUAGCUAAAUUGUUAAAAGUCACUAUAUGUUUAAGAAAUAGUUAUUAUCAUUAUUCAUCAUAUAAAAUAAAAAAGGGUUGAUUUUAUUGUUAUAAAUAAAAUAUAUAAAUGUGA